AUGCAGGAGCUUUCACUGAACUUCAGUACUGUGGUGUAUUUCCUUGAUCCUUGCUUUGUACAGGUUUUCAGGGCGCCGCAGAUGCCCAGGAAGAGUAAGAGGUACCCUCCAGAGGUGCUGGACUUUGCUGUGUACCUGGGGAUCGACGUGGACAAGGAGGAAGACCUUAUCUGGAUAGCAGGUGAACAAUGUCUGAGCGAAGAGCUGCCGGAGCCAUGGACAGAGCAUACAAGCUCUCGGGGAGACAUCUACUUCUACAACAGUGAGACGGAUGAGAGCACAGUGGAGCAUCCGCUGUUCCACAAGUACAGGAUGCUCUAUGAGGAGAAGCGGCAGGAGAAGGAAUGUGACCUGUUGCAAAUCGUCCGGGAGGCUGUCUUGGUGCCCUUCCUUGGAUGUUUCGAGAGGUGA